UUUUUCUUUUUUUAAUCUUGAUAAAAUAAGUGCCGGGCCGGAUUGAUCCGACGGCCCGAAACUUGGGCCGGGCCCGGCCCGGUUAUACAAAGUGAAAUGAAAACGUUCGGUUUUCUCCCCUUCGUUGAGGUCUUUUGCAGACAUCUUUCGUAGAAGUUUCUUGAAUCCCAGGUCACCACAUUUUGGCGGCUCUAGAAGUAGGAGUGCUUCCACAGUUUCCACUGGGUCUUGUACGUGUUCCUCUUCUCCUCUGAUGGAUGAAGGCUCUGCUUGCUGGAUUCCGGUAAAAAGGGGAAAUUCAUCCAACAUUGGGGAAAAAAUGCCUAGAUGAAAUGGUUCUUCUCUAAUUGAUGGUUAGGGGCUGAGGAAUCAGGUUCCGCAUCCGAUGGCUUUUGGCCAAAAAAUCAGAAGUGAAUCUAAUGGUUCUUCUCUAGUUGAUGGUUUGGAUCAGUAGGUUAAGGGCUGAGGAAUCCGAUUCGGCACUUGGUUGGGAAAUCCAUCAGCACUUGGUUGGGAAAUCCAAUCGGAAUCCGAUGGCUUUUGGCCAAAAAAUCAGAAGCGAAUGGUAUCUCGAUAGAGAGGGAAACGAGAAAACAGGCCCUACCUGAAAAUUGAUUUGGUGAUUCAGGCAACGUUUCUUUUGGUCGCCGAAAAACGACGCCUUGUCUGUCGGUUGCCACCGAUGUGAUUGCUGCUUGUCCGAAUGCUUCAUCUGAAAGUUGAAUCAUGUGAGUUGUGAGGGGUGCGUGAGAGAGAGAGAGAGAGGGAGAGUCGCAGGUACCCACCAUGGAUGGAGGCCAAUGGAGCGGAGCAAGGAGGUCUAUUGGCCACCAGACCCCUCGCUGGACCGUUCUGCCGGAAGGGCUGCCCAUACUUGACUGUGAGAUCGAUCGGAUGAAGCAUGAAGACCAGCGGAACGAAAGGCUGCACAAGGAAGAGGUAGAGCGGCUGAUUGCCCAAUUCAGGGAAGAGAUGGAGGGAAUAGAAAGGAAGUAUGAGAGGCUGAUGGCGGAGAAGGAAGCGGAGUACAGGCAUCAGAUUGGCACUUUGGAGAUGAAUAAGAACAAGGUGAUACAGAACCGGCUGCUCUGUGAGGCGUGGAGGCUACAGCCCGAUCCUCGGGUACUGCGACUAGGCAUGUCUGUAGUGCCAACAGCAUGUGCAGGAUCUCAACGCCAGACUAGUUGCCUGCAACCUUACCAAACCUUGCCUCCUCCUCCUGCUUGCUUGUCUUCGGCAUCCUUCUACCUUAAUAAGGUUAUUGACAUCGCGAACCAGAGACAAGCAGCUACUUCUGCUGCCUACCAUGGCACCGGCAUGAUGCAACAAAACAUAGAUCCUCAACCUGUGGGCCAAUGUAUUGACAUGAUGCCGAAUUACUGGUUAACAAGUGAGGCCUUUUUAACAUCAAAUUUUGACGAGUCAUGGUGGUGGCGGCGGCCUCAGUAACCGAAGCAAGUUUUACGACACAUACAAGACAAAUAUGGAGAACUGUGAUCACCUUGUGCUGAACGCUUUUCCGAAGCUGCAGUUCAAUGGGUUUGUUGUAUUAAUCAAGAAAGCACGGUGUACAAAUUGCGUCUGUACUGAAGCAUCAAUAUUAUUAGAGAAAGGUUAAUAGUGCAUCAUCUUAUAUUGCUACGCGGCCUUUUUUCAGUUGCAACGUUCAAACCAAGAAAUACUAGUAUAUACCACAUCCAGAGUGUCAUGAAUGACCUGAGCAAUUGCGAACUUCUGUGUUUCUAUAUUCUUCCUUAUGUGGCAGGCCAUUGAGAAGCCGCUAACCAUUUGGUUGUAGUCAAUUCUCCAGGGCUGUGUUCGUCACUUUGAUGGAUCCAAGAGAAGAAAAAGCGUGAUAGAUUUAGCACGCAAGUUCGGGUGUUGUGCUUGACUAUUGUUCCAUGGCCAUGAAUGAUCUGUUUUGUGUCCAGAACAAGUGCAACCGAUGGGGCAUCCAAGACCUUUGGAAAGUGGCAAAGUUCUGCUGAUCGUUUUGUCCUGUAAAUCUGCUUGAAAGAUGGAAAACUAAUGUUUUGGUUUCCUUGUGGAUGGGUUUGUCCUGUAAAUCUGCUUGAACAAAGAUGGAAAAGUAAUGUUUUGGUUUC